AUGUGGUAUGGACCGACCUUUGCUUAUCUGUUGCCACAGCUUACCUCGAACCCUCUCGAUACUAUUCCCAAGCACCCUGUGCCUACGAUUCUUCCAUUGCCCGAUGCAUACACUUCACGGCCGAAGCAAGACACCUUUUGUUCCGCUCUUUUCUCGCCUGCCUACCUUCACAACCUCGGCCGCAACCGCACGUCCUUCUGCGACCCGAGUCAGAGCACCUCGACGAUGGAAUGCUUCUCCACGCGUAUCGUGGGACGCAGACUUGAUACCUUUUGUAUUGCUUCCAACGUUGCAUUUAACCGUCGCGAGAGGAAGUUCUACAUGGAUUGUGGACAUGACGCAGAGAAUCCAUUCUGGCGUGUCUUUCCAGAGUAUAUGAUGUGGACAGGUCUGCGAUACAUCUACAAGGAGCACCUUGUCUUGAAGGACCCAGAACGUCUGCAAAAGAGCAAGCCAAAAGACGCUUCUCGCAAGAAGUUCGGCAUUAUUGCACGACGUGAGGGAUCAGGUUCUCCUCAUGGUAGUGCUGCGAACACAUGGCACAAUCUGGUGGAACUGAUGAGUUAUUAUAUGACCAUGGACGUGCUGUCUAUGGUUCCAUCACCNCANCAAAAGGACAAGGGUGCUGCCUAUUACAAUCCNCAAAAGGACAAGGCCAACACACAGGUCAUUGUGGUGGACGGACACAANAAAGGACCCUACUUUGAUCUAUGGGACUUCUUCUCGGACCCUGCCCGCAACCCAACACUCAAACUUUCCGAAGACAAGAAGNNGGGAGACGCAGAAGGGCAAGAACAAGAAGAAGAGCUCGAAUACUUUGACCGCGUCAUCCUCCCACUGCCUGGAGCAUCAAACCCCUACUGGGAAGGAACCUGGGAGCCGCAACACUGUAGCCAGUCCGAUCUCGGACGCAUCUUCAGCGACCGCGUACUGACUCACUACAAUGCCACCGCUGCGUUAUCGACCGUAGACGAGAAGUCGAUGGAUCUCUCCAUUCUCCCACCCAAAUGGCCAAAGAAGACCGACGUCCCUCUACAAGUCCUAAUCGUCAAACGCACCAAAUCGCGCCGCAUCAAUGACCUCGAUGGCAAACUUGCCGCACUGAAGAAGCUGUUCCCCAAAGUUGUGUUCAACGUUCGCGAUCUUGCCGACUACAGUUUCGGCGAGCAAGUACGCAUGGUACACGAACACCAAGUUCUCGUCGGCGUGCACGGUGCCGCCAUGACACAUGUCUUUUUCCUGCCUGGCCGUCCCGACUCCCCAUCAUCCACACUGGUAGAGUUUCUGCCGCAUAAAUUCGCACACAGAGGAUACAGGAAUCUGGCACUGAUGUUGGGACACACAUACAUCAGUGUGCAUGCUGAUAAUGAUAUUGGUGACAAGGACUUCCAUGGCUUGGAUCUUGAGGUGGAGAAUGGCAAGUAUAUCGAUGCCGUAUCAACGGCGAUCAAAGGACAACUCCACAGAGGGAUGCAAGAGGGCGAUAUCGAGACUGUCAAGACUGAACUCUAG